GAGGGAGGGGGGGGGUGAUGGGCAUGAGGCGGCGGCGGCGGCGAAAUGACGGUGCCGCUGCUGAAGAUCGGGGCCGUGCUGAGCACCAUGGCCAUGGUCACCAAUUGGAUGUCCCAGACCCUGCCCUCGCUCGUGGGGCUCAACGGCACCGCCGUGUCCCGGGCCGGCACCUCCGAGAAGAUCACCCUGUUCCAGAGCCCCGACGAGGGCUGGCAGGUUUACACCUCGGCACAAGCCCCCGAUGGCAAAUGCCUGUGCACGGCCGUGAUCCCGGUGCAGGGCUCCUGCUCCCGGGACCUGCGCAGCCACCAGCUCCGGCAGCUCAUGGAGAAGGUGCAGAACAUUUCCCAGUCCAUGGAAGUGCUGGACCUCCGGACAUACCGGGACCUCCAGUACGUCCGCAACACCGAGGCCCUGAUGAAGGGCUUGGACUCCAGGCUGAAGGUGGCUGCUGAGAGCCAGAAGAGCCUCAAUGCCAAGAGCUUCCAGGAGCUCAAGGACAAGAUGACAGAGCUGCUGCCCCUGAUGCCCGUCCUGGACCAGUACAAGUCAGACACGAGGCUGAUCGUGCACCUCAAGGAGGAGGUGAGGAACCUCUCCGGGAGCCUCCUGGCCAUCCAGGAGGAGAUGGGGGCCUACGACUACGAGGAGCUGCAGCAGCGGGUGCUGAUGCUGGAGGCCCGGCUGCACGCCUGCAUGCAGAAGCUGGGCUGCGGGAAGCUGACGGGCGUCAGUAACCCCAUCACCAUCCGAGCAUCCGGAUCCCGCUUCGGGUCGUGGAUGACGGACACGAUGACGCCCAGCGCCGACACCCGGGUCUGGUACAUGGACGGUUACUACAAGGGCCGGCGCGUGUUGGAGUUCCGCACCAUGAACGACUUCGUGACGGGGCAGAACUUCGUGCAGCACCUCCUGCCUCACCCUUGGGCUGGCACCGGGCACGUGGUCUACAACGGCUCCCUCUACUACAACAAGUACCAGAGCAACAUCGCCGUCAAGUACCACUUCCGCUCCCGCAGCGUGCUGGUGCAACGCAGCCUGCCCGGCGCCGGCUACAACAACACCUUCCCUUACUCCUGGGGGGGCUUCUCCGACAUCGACUUCAUGGUGGACGAGAACGGGCUCUGGGCCGUGUACACCACGAACCAGAACGCCGGCAACAUCGUGGUGAGCCGCAUGGACCCGCAGACGCUGGAGGUGCUGCGGAGCUGGGACACCGGGUACCCGAAGCGCAGCGCCGGCGAGUCCUUCAUCAUCUGCGGCACGCUCUACGUCACCAACUCCCACCUGGCCGGCGCCAAGAUCUACUUUGCUUACUACACAAACACUUCCAGCUACGAGUACACGGAUAUCCCCUUCCACAACCAGUAUUCCCACAUAUCCAUGCUGGACUACAACCCACGGGAGAGGGUGCUCUACACUUGGAACAACGGCCACCAGGUCAUCUACAACGUCACGCUCUUCCACGUCAUAAAGACCUCGGGGGAGCUGUGACCCGGUGCCUCCGUCCCCACCUCUUUGGUUUAAGCCAUUCCAGCCUCUUUCCUCCACCUUUUCCCUCUUUGGUUCUCAUGGUUUGGACCAUUCCUUUGGCUCCUUUGUGGCGCGUGGGAUGCCGUUGCCCCCCGUCGGAGCUGACCUCGGUUGGGUUUUUGGUUCUCUUCGUUUAACUACUUUUAAUUUACAUCUCGAUUUUGGUGGCAAAUAAAACCGGUCUCUGAUGUUU